AUGUGGUUCCUUUGCUGCAGGACAUGGCUCAUAAAUUCUAGGGGAGUUGCCAAGAAAAUCAGGAACGCCAACUGCCCUGUUCGCCAGAUAAGUGAAUUGGGUACAGAAGCAUGCAGGGAAUGCCCCAACUGCAAACAUAUCAUUGAUAAUAGUGAUGUUACUGUACAGUGGCCUGGGCUGCCAGCUGGUGUGAAGUUUGAUCCAUCUGAUUUGGAAUUGCUCGAGCAUUUAGAACACAAGCUUGGCGUGGGAGAUUCAAAGCCCCAUAUGUUCAUCGAUGAGUUUAUUCCAACUGUGGAGAAUGAUGAAGGGAUCUGCUAUUCACAUCCUGAAAAUCUUCCUGGCACAAAGAAAGAUGGAAGCAGUGCUCAUUUCUUCCAUAGAGUCUCAAAUGCAUAUGCUUGUGGCCAGCGUAAGCGUCGGAGGAUUAUCCACGUUGAUCAGACCACUUCUGAUGAGCAUGUGAGAUGGCACAAGACGGGUAAAUCAAAGCCCGUAAAACACAAUGGUGUUACUAAAGGGUGGAAGAAGAUAUUGGUUCUGUACAAAAGUCCACAAAGAGGUGCCAAGCCUGAUAAAGCUGAUUGGGUGAUGCAUCAGUACCAUCUUGGGCCGGAGGAAAAUGAAGAAGUCGGGGAUUUUGUUGUUUCCAAAAUCCUGUAUCAAGUGAAGACAAAGCAGGUGGACAAGUCCGAAACAAGUAAUGAAGAAUCUGAUGCAUUUGCUACAAGUGUUUGUCCAAAAACUCCAAAGACAAAGACCCCACAGCCAUGUCGCCUGAACAAUAGUCCAUCCGAAAUUGGGCAGAAUGAUACUAUCUUGCAGGACAAGGAAGAAGAAGAAGAAGCAGACCAACCUGCUGUUAGCCUGGCAGAUGCUAAGGAACCUGAGUGGUUCACUUUAGCGCCUUUGGCUGGGAGUAACGUGGAUGACCCCCUGCGUUGUCAUGAGGAUUUUAACUCCUUUGGUCAGUCGGGCGCGCUAGACAAGCCAAUCUUUUCUCAAGGCAAUGAGAUUUUUGAUGGAUUACCAUAUGUCCAUGGAUCACUUCCGGAGGACGUGCUGUUGUAUUCACCCCCAUGCUUUGGCAGCUGGCAAUGGCCAGAAGUGCAGGAUUGAUAAUCUCUUACAUGUAUGAUUAUAUAUGGUGGCACCUUUUUUGAGGUCUGACUUGGCAAGAUAGAAGUUGUUUGCGCAGCAGUGACGCAAUGGGCCAUUUAAGAGUCGCAGAAGCACCUGAACAUUUCUUUUGUCUCCCUAAAACCCCAAAAAAAACAUGCAAUGAGGUGUUCUAUCUUUGGGCUGUAUGUGGUGGAAACUUGUAGUAAUCUCAUCUAAUGUAGGAGUUUCAUACUUGGCCCUGUUGCAACUCAAAUUUUGCUGUGACCUGAAGGCGAUGGUGCGAAUCUGGAGAGGCCCGUAACUUGGUUGCUCCAUAGGUGAUUACUGUUAGUUGUACCUUGCUGAAUGCUGCCUGUCCAAUUAUUAAUGUAAAAACGACU